GCUGCCUCUGGAACAUCUCCAGCUCCUGCAGAACCAGCAUUUCAUGAGCAAAUUGGCAGCUGACACCAAGCUGGGAUGUAUAUUGGUGUGCUGGAAGGCAGGAGGGCUCUGCAGAGGGACCUGGACAAGCUGGAUCCAUGGUCUGAUUCCAAGGGGAUGAGGUUCAACCAGGCCAAGGGCCGGGUCCUGCCCUUUGGCCACAACAACCCCGGCAGCCCCCCGGGCUGGGCACAGAGUGGCUGGAGAGCAGCCAGGCAGGAAGGGACCUGGGAGUGUGGAGGGACAGGAAGCUGAACAGGAGCCAGAGUGUGCCCAGGGGGCCUGGGUGAGGAAGAGUGUGGCAGCAGGAGCAGGGCAGGGAUUCUUGGCCUGCACUGAGCGCUGGGAAGGCCACCCUGGAGUGCUGUGUCCAACUCUGGGCCCCUCAGGUCAGGAAGGACAUGGAGGGGCUGGGGCAGGGGCAGAGAAGAGCAGCGAGGCUGGGGAAGGGACUGGAGCACAAGUGCUGUGAGGAGAGGCUUAGGGAGCUGGGGUUGUUGAGCCUGGAGAAGAGGAGGCUCAGGGGUGACCUCAGCACUGUCCCCUCCCUCCAGGACACUCCCCCAGAAAUCCUCGGUGGGACCUUUUGUGUCUAUUGGUGGUUGCUGCUUUAUCCUGGGGACCUGAGGGCCCCUCUGCAGUCCCAUCCCUGGGGCACAAUCUGCUCUCCAGAGCUCGACUGGCUCCCUGCAGACUUUGCAGGGCAAUCUGUGCUCGCAGCUGCAUCCUGAGCCCGAGCAGGAUUUGUCCUUCCCAAAGCUUGGGUGAAUGGAGGAGGAGGCUGCGAAGAAGCUGCCGCAGGCUCCCCAGGCAGGUGAGGAGGAAGUCAGUGCCCCUUUGGCCCUGUCUUGUGGUGCAUCUGUUGAGCAGCCUCCCAGCAGGGAGAAGCCCUUCAGGUGCUUGGAAUGUGGGACGAGCUUUAGGCAGAGCACCCACCUACUCAGCCACCAGCACAUCCACACUGGGGAACGGCCCUACACAUGUGGGGAAUGUGGGAAGAGCUUCAGGCAGAGCGCCCACCUCCACAGCCACCAGCGCUUCCACACUGGGGAACGACCCUUCAAGUGUGGGGAGUGUGGGAAGAGCUUCAGUGACAGCUCCACCCUCCGCAAGCACCGUCGCAUCCACACUGGGGAACGGCCCUACAAGUGCUUGGAAUGUGGGAAGAAGUUUCCGACCAGCUCCAGUCUCGUCCAGCACCAGCAGACACACACAGAGGAGAGGCCCUUCCGCUGCACCGACUGCGGGAAGGGCUUCAAACGCAACUCCCACCUGGUUGGCCACCUGCGCAUCCACACCGGGGAGAGGCCCUACAAGUGUGAGGUGUGGGAAGAGCUUCACCCACAGCUCUGCCUUGACCCUACACCAACGGACCCACCAGUAAGGGCAACCGUACGAGUGCCCCGACUGCGGGGAAAACCUUUACCACUGCUCCCACCCCGAAUGACGCCCUGAUGGUGAGGCAAACCCUGGAGUCCAGGGACUGUCAGUUCACCCCUUUCUACCAGAAAGGACCAGUCCCCUUUGCCAGGGGCAUUUUCUGCCAAUAGAACCCUUCUUGGGGGUGUGUGGAGAUUCCUACCUUGGCUGGGACCCCCAAGGUCACUGCUGGAGGUUGAGAGCAGAGAGCUCCCCCCGAGCGUUGGUCUGGGGGAGUUCCAUCCAUCUCUAAUGAAUAAUUCUUGCUUUGGUGCCAGCUUUAGUAGAAUUGCUCCAACAAUUGCUUUAGUGUAGAGCACUGUCCUAUCUUAUGCUGUACUAGUGGUAGUUUUAGUGUUUCUAUUGUGCAGUAAAUAAUUCUGAAUGAAGAUCUUUUGUCUGAUCAUUUGUAACCCUAAAGAAUUCAUUUCUAUCAAUAGGUGUGAUUUGCCAUGAUUAAAACCUGGGGGACAAAAGUGGUUCAGUCCCACCUCUGUAAUUCCUCUAAGCUGAACCUGUUGGCAAAACCUAAGGCUGAGAUUGGAUCCAGCAGCCCCAGUACCCCACAGUCAGUUGGGAGCUCAGAGGGGCACCCCCCCCUUUCCUACCCCUUUGUGCCCAGAGACCCCCAUGGGACCAUCGGACCCACUGGACCGUCCAGACCAUUUCCCCUUUUCCACCCUUCUCCCGUUCCUCCCAUCUUUCCAUGGUCCCCUGCUACAAUCUGCUUAAAUAUUGCAGAAAGAACUAGAGAUUCAAAUAUUCCCUUGAGCAAAAUAAAAACUCACACAAGUUAUCUGUUGAUACCAAAACCUGAUUUUAUUAAUUGCUAAGAGGUGCAAAGAGAAUGAGGAAAAAAUAAGAAAAGGUUGGAAACUGCUAAGAUUAUUUCUAGAAGCAGAGAAAAAAUACCACUGAAAAGUACCUUUUCCAGCUGAGCUGGUGAGUGUGGCAGAAGAGAAGCAGUUUCUGCCUUUUUUUUGUCUGUCUCUGCAGCUUUUGGAUGUUGUCUCUGUAGCUGCAGGGGGUCUGACAGCUUUAGUUCUCUGCAAUGCACCAUGUGUGGUUUCACCGCUCACACCCCUGUCCCAGGCCAUGCAGGGUCUCAGCUCAGCCGAAGCUUUGGGCCCUCAGAAAUAUGGUCAGGGUAGAAGGAUAAGGUAGAACUCCCACAUGUGGCACAGUGGUCUCAGCUCUCUCCAGGCCGGCAUAGUUCCAGUCUCCGGUGGCAGGCAGGCAGCACGCGGUGGUGGAGAAAAGGUGAGGGGAGGUGGGCAGAGAUUCUCAGCUACAGUCACCAGUUCUUGUCCCUUUUUUCUCCCUGAUUUUCCAAAAUUUGUCCUCAACUUUUAUAGUGUUCAAAAGGGGUUGCAUGUGGUUUCUUGGCACGUAGCCAGUUCAGAUGUUGGAGGAGAUAUGAUAACCAUAAACAAUGGCAGGAUCUUUUGGCAGGAAAGGUGCCAUGGGAAGUCCUGGUGAGAACUUCUGUCAGAGAGCUGACAGAGAAUGUUUGAUAGGAAGUUUUUGACAGGCAGAAACAAUUUUUGGCAUUUCUAUAUUAUCUGUGUGUUACGGAUGGUUGCCAUGGUAAGCGACGUAACAGGAAAUGCAUAAUGGUUGCCUUAUUAACCAACCCUAGCAAUGCAAAUGCACAAUCUUUGCCAUGGUAACCAAGUUAACAAUGAGAAUGCACAAUGGUUGCCAUGGUAACCAGCAAAACAGUGAGACUGCAUAGCGGUUGCCAUGGUAACCGAGGUCACAAUGAGAAUUCACAAUGGUUGCCAUGGAAGCUGUUGUAAUAAUGGGAUUUCAGAAUGGUUACCACAGUAAGUGAUGUCAGAAUGAGAAUGCACAAUUUUUACCAUGGUAACCAUCACAAUGAGAAUGCACAAUGGUUUGCAUGGUAAGCGACAUCACAAUGGCAAUGCACAAUGGUUUGCAUGGUAACCGACUUAACAAUGAGAAUGCAAAUGGUUGCCAUGGUAACCGACUUAACAAUGAGAAUGCGCAAUGGUUCCCAUGGUAACCAAGGUCACAAUGAGAAUUCACAAUGUUUGGCAUGGUAACUGAUGUCACAAUGAGAAUGCACAAUGGUUGUCAUGGCAACCGGGGUUACAGUGGGAAUGCACAAUGGUUGCCAUGCUAUGCACAGUCACAAUGAGAAUGCACAAUGUUUGUCAUGGUAACAAAGUUCACAAUGAAAAUGCACAAUGAUUGCCAUGGUAACUGAGUUCACAAUGGGAAUGCACAAUGGUUGCGAGGGCAACUGACAACACAAUGAGGAUGCAUAAUGGUUGCCAUGGUAAGUGAGGCCACAAUGAGGUGCACAAUGGUUGCCAUGGUAACCGAGGUCAAAGUGGGAAUACAUAAUGGUUUCCAUGGCAACCAAGGUCACAAUGGGAAUGCACAAGGGUUGCCAUGGCAACUGAGGUCAAAAUGAGAAAGCAUAAUGGUUCCCAUGGUAACCAAAACUCACAGUGAGAAUGUACAAUGGUAGCCAUGAUAACCAAGGUCACAAUGAGAAUGCACAGUGGUUGCUGUGGUAAGCUAGGUGAUGAUAGAAAUGCACAAUGGUUACCAUGGUAAUCAUUUAAUAAUGGGAAUGCACAAUGGUUGCCAUGGUAACCGAUGUUAAGAAAAAAAACAUAAUGGUGGCCAUGGUAACCAAGGUCACAAUGAGAAUGCAAAAUGGUUGCCAUGGCAACCAAAUCACAAUGACAAUGCACAAUGGUUGCCAUGGCAUCUGAUGUCACAAUGAGAAUGCACAAUGGUUCCAUGGCAUCUGUGGUCAUAAUGGGAAUGCACAAUGGUUGCCAUGGUAACGGAGGUCACAAUGAGAUUGCGCAGUUGUUUCCAUUGGAAGUGUCAUCACAAUGAGAAUGGACAAUGGUUGCCAUUGUAACCAUUCU